AUGGUUUCCUGUCCAAUCUGUGACAAAACCGUUCCUCAGCUAAAAAUAAACGACCAUAUUGACUCUGGUUGUCAAAGCUUCAUCGAAGACCCAUCCUCAUCCCCGAGCGAACUAUCAGCAUCUCAAAAAGGGCCCAUCGCGAGCAUAUUCCAACCAGCCUCCGCGCGCAAGGCCCAAAGCCAGUCAAAUAUCACAAAAGAAUCGCCGUCUCGAACCGGUUUAUCUACACCCCGGCCUGUCAAUGGCAAGAGGUCAUUCGUGCAAGAUACUCCGCCCUCUCGGGAACAAUCUGGGCCAAAGCAACCAAAUGGGGAAGUAGUGGAACCACAGGCAAAGCGUCCCAAGGUCAAUGCUUUUCACAAAGCAGCUCCACUAGCAGAGCGGAUGCGACCUAAGACCCUGGAAGAAGUCUGUGGCCAAGAACUUGUCGGCGAGCAUGGUAUUCUUCGCGGGCUGAUUGAACAAGACCGGGUCCCGAGCAUGAUCUUGUGGGGAAGCGCGGGCACCGGGAAGACGACGAUAGCACGAGUCAUCGCGUCAAUGGUUGGAAGUCGAUUCGUCGAGAUCAACAGUACGAGCUCGGGGGUUGCCGAAUGUAAGAAGAUCUUCUCCGAAGCUCGGAGUGAGCUCGGUCUUACUGGGAGAAAGACAAUCAUCUUUUGUGACGAAAUUCAUCGAUUCUCCAAGUCACAGCAAGAUGUAUUUCUGGGACCCGUGGAGAGUGGACAAGUCACGCUCAUUGGCGCAACGACGGAGAAUCCAUCCUUUAAGGUUCAAAACGCUUUGCUUUCUCGAUGCAGGACAUUUACGCUGGCAAAGCUUACAGAUGAGGACAUAAGCUCUAUUCUUGAACGUGCGCUCAGAAUAGAAGGACCGAACUAUUCACCGUCAAAAUUGGUGGAUGACGAGCUGAUCCAGUAUUUGGCCAGAUUCGCUGAUGGCGAUGCCCGAACCUCUCUCAACCUGUUGGAGCUUGCUAUGGACCUAUCCAAGAGACCUGGCAUGACUCUUGAAGAUCUGAAGCGGUCUUUGACCAAAACUUUGGUCUAUGAUCGCGCUGGUGAUCAACACUACGAUACGAUAUCAGCUUUUCACAAAUCGAUCAGAGGCAGUGAUCCGGAUGCGGCAUUGUAUUACCUAGCACGCAUGAUUCAGUCUGGAGAAGAUCCACUCUAUAUUGCCCGUAGGCUGAUCGUUGUGGCCUCUGAAGAUAUCGGUCUUGCCGACAAUACCAUGUUGACUCUCGCCGUAUCGACACAUUCAGCCGUGGAGAAGAUAGGUCUGCCAGAAGCACGCAUCAAUCUAGCCCAUGCCACUGUGGCCAUGGCGUUGUCGAAGAAGAGUACAAGGUCUUAUCGAGGGCUGAACAAUGUCAAUGCAGCAUUAAAUGAACCAGGCGUUGCCGGGUUACCCAUUCCGAUCCACCUGCGGAACGCCCCGACAAAACUCAUGAAGGAGUUAGGAUAUGGGAAAGAGUACAAAUACAAUCCGAACUAUGUCGAUGGUAGAGUGGAACAAGAUUACUUACCGGAGCAGCUCAUGGGGCGUACCUUCUUGGAGGAUUUGGAUCUGGGAAAACAGCGAGACCCUGACUUGCUCAGUGCUGUCAAGCGCCAAACGGGGUCUUGA